CGUUUCAUCUAUCAUUGUGUUUGGAUGGUAGCCGUAGAUCCACAUUCACCAUUGCUCCCACUAAUUCCCCUUUCUAUUCCCCAUAAUUACGCCCCCAACCUUAAUUCCCUAUUCGUUACUCUUUUCGUUAUUUUCUUAAAACGUAAUGGCAAAAUUGACGAACCCUCCUACGUUUUAACCCCACCAUAGCCGAACACUCUGAAACCCCUCCCGAUCCAGCCACUAUUUGGCAGAAUUUCCGCUAAAUAAAAAUUUCCAAAAGCCAAAUAAGAAAUUCCUGUAAAUUCAAAAAGCUCUACACUCUGAUCUUCAGUGCCCGAAAAGAUUUUCUGUUUUUAUUUUUAAUUUCAAAUUAGGGUUUGAGGUAAAAAAAAUGAAAGCGUCAUUGAAAUUUCGUGAAGAGAAAAGGCCAGUGGUGAGAGCGAAAGUACCUCUAAGUAUUUUGGGAUUGCCGUUUCAAUCGGGAAUCGUCGCCGGCGAAUCGAAGGAGCUCACUUUAAAUCUUUCUACGUUCUUCGAAUCUGGACCGUCUAUCAAAAUCGCCUAUCGUCCUAAUGACACGUGGAACCCUUUCUCUCUCAUCGUUAAAACUGGAACCGGACCGUUCGGCUCUCCGAUUUCCAGCUCUAUGCUUAUGAGUGCUGAGUUUAAUCUCCUUGGCCGUGGAAACCCUAGCUUUAUGCUUCACUUCAAGCCUCAGUUUGGGGAUUUCUCAAUCAAGAAGUCGCAGUCUUCAGUUUUUGAUAGAGCCGUGAAGCCAAGGAGUGGCACCGUUUUGGAGGACGAUUCGUCGACUGAGGUUGUGGAUACGCCGGCUGUUAACGGCGGGGCCGGCGGGUUCUUUGCGGAGAAGAGGAAAUUGGAGGCUCCGAAUUGGGGACAUAUCGCCGGGAUUCUGUCUGGAAUGGAGGUGGCGGCGAAGACGGCGGUGCCAGUUAAGGGAAAGGCGCUGGUGAAAUUCCGGUGGGGAAUGAGGAUUCCGUCAGAGAUGAAGAGUGGCGUUGGCCGAUUCGGUGAUCCAACGGCUGGGAUUUCGUUUGGCAAGAUUCCGUUUUUGGUGAUGGAUAAGAUCGGAAUCGAACACGUGGACAGUGUUGAGUCGAAGCAGGCUAUAUCGACUGACAGCAAGGCCGGUUCAGAGCCGGGCUCCAAUGCUGACCUGGCGACAGCAUGUUAUACGGUUAAGCGACAGUUGGAAGCUUUGCAAGCUGAGAAUGGGUUACUGAAGAGAGCCGUGGAGGAUCUCAGGAGAGAAAUCUCCGGCGGGAAAUUCGGGGAUUUGAAUUCUGGGAAAUAUCCCGUAAUGGAAAGAAAUGGGGUUAGUAGAUCGAAAAUGGAGAGUAGAAACAACGAGAAGAAAUUGACGGAAGGGGAUGUAAAUGAGGAGUUGAAGAAGGCAUUGAAGGGAGCUACAGGUGCUUGAAGUUGUCGAAAUAUAAUGUAAGCUUUGGUUAGUGUUUUUAUUAAGUGUUUAUGCUUGGUUUAGUAAUUACACUACAAUCAAUUUUGUGAGUUUUUGUUUAGCAUAUCUGGAAUUUGUUAGUACUGUUUAAAUUAGUGGGUUUGGUUAGUGAAUAUUUCAUUUGUAAAUUUCUUAAUCGAUAAGUUUAUUUGGCUCCAGCCUCUUUGCCAAAGAGUGGAAGUAAGACUAUCCUAGUGAA